AUUCUUCUCUCUUUUUCUUUCGCAUACACUGAAAAGGUCUGAAGCAGUCUGAAGACUCCGAACUGUGUUUCGGGGACAUUGGUGGGUGGCGGUUGUAGGAGAAAGAAAGAGAAGAAAAUGGGGAAGAAAGAUAAGAAACUGAGGCACCAACCAAAACAUUCUCGAAGAGCAGCCUUUCACGAUGAAGAAGACGAUAGCAAUAGCCUCCCUUCUAAUCUCACUCUCUCAGACCAAGAAGAACAAGAAGAAGAAGAAGACGACAUUGAUAGUGAGGUUGAGGAAGAAGACGAAACUGAUGAAUACCCAUCAACCGAAACCCCCUCAAAGUUCCUUCUUUACCAACAAUCCGUUCAGUCACCCAAAGGAGACAUCAGUUAUUUGCAAAAGUUCUUUCUCAUGUACGUGGGCGGGAGGUUGCCUCUUCACUUCCAAGAAGAUUUUUGUGGUACUGCUCUUCUGAGUACAGAAUGGCUCCGCAGUGACUCAAGAAGGACUGCUGUAGGAUUGGAUUUUGACUUAGAGGCACUAACAUGGUGCAUGGAAAACAACAUAAACAAAAUUGGGGCUGAUGGGUACUCUAGAAUAUCUCUUUUCCAUGGAAAUGUCUUGAAUCCGAGUGGGGCCAAAUUAGUUGAGUUUGAGCCUCAGGAGCUAAUGAGGAACGUUUCAUUACAAGAGAAAAAAGAUGAAGUUGCUCUCGAAUCUACUGUUCCAGAGGGCUCUACCUCCUUGGCUGGUGGUGAUAAGUACAUGAGAAAUUUGACACUUCCUGAUAGGGACAUCGUCUGUGCGUUUAACUAUAGCUGUUGUUGUCUUCAUUCACGAGCUGAUCUGGUGCGGUAUUUCAAGCAUGCUCUUGCUGUGUUGUCUAAGAAAGGUGGGAUAUUCGUGAUGGAUUUGUACGGCGGUACUUCAUCAGAACAAAAGUUAAAACUUCAGAGGAGAUUUGCUAAUUUCACGUAUGUAUGGGAGCAAGCGGAAUUUGAUAUUCUCGAGCGGAAAACAAGGAUUAGUCUCCAUUUUCAUUUUAAGAAUCAGCAGAAGAAACUACGCCAUGCGUUCUCAUACAGCUGGAGGCUGUGGUCAUUGCCCGAGAUCAAAGACUGCUUAGAAGAGGCUGGAUUUCGAUCGGUCCAUUUUUGGCUUCGUCAGAUGCCAAACACAGGAGAGAACAGAAGCACGGUUGGAUUUGGCGCAGGACGAGACAUAAAAUAUGAGGAAAUGAAGCACUUUGAACAACAAGAUGCUUGGAAUGCAUAUAUUGUGGGUGUUGCGUAGCUUCAUUUUAUCUCAAAAUGCUCAGACAUGUGGUUUGCUCCUAUUAAGUCGGAGGUUCGAGUCCCAUCUUGUUAGUUACAUAGAAGUUGCAUUAGUUUUCUUCUGAUUCUCAAAUAUUGUAGAGUUAUAGGGAGAACUUAGUUUCAAAAUAUCUUAAUUGACUUUGGUUUUGCAACUAUUAGGACACUUGCAAAUUUUCCAAUAAUUUCCACAACUAUGAAAUGACUAAGUGCCAAGCUUCUACAUUUACAAUUUUA